AUGACUUCAUCACAGGUGACCAAACGCAUCACCGGUGCAGCAGCCAUACUGCACGCACUCGAGGAUGCUGGCAUCACACAUCUCUUUGUGAACCUCGGGUCUGAUCAUCCAGCGUUCCUCUCUACCUUUGCUAGCAAGGAACUCCAGAGCCUGAAAGUAUACACGUCUCCCAAUGAGAUGGUGGCUCUCAGCGCAGCUUCAGGGUUCGCACAGGUGACCGGAAAACCAGCAGCUGUUCUCGUCCAUGUCGAGUGCGGGACGCAGGGACUCGCGGGCGCCGUCCACAACGUGAGCAAGGGCCGAAUUCCUGUCAUGAUCCUGGCAGGCACAGUACCUGUGACCAUGGAAGGUGAGAUGACGGGUAGCAGGAACGAAUACAUCCACUGGAUCCAGGAUGUCCCUGACCAGCGAGCGAUUGUUCGGCAAUACAUGCGAUAUGAGCAUGAAAUACGCCGUCCGCACAAUGCUACACAAAUCAUUCUCCGGGCACUACAGUUCAUCAAGUCAGAGCCUCAAGGGCCCGCAUACGUCAUCGCUAGCCGCGAAGCUUUGGAGGAGCAGAUCGACACCCCGACUCAGCCUCCUGCAUCACAGAAUCCUUGCAAGAACUCAGCGCUAGAGCCUCAGGGCCUGACUCCGCAGGCAUUGGCUUUCCUUUCCACCGCAUUGAUUGCUGCGGAGAAGCCCCUUAUUGUCACGAGCUACUGUGGUCGAUCCCUAGCAGGGUUUGAGGCCUUGAGAGAACUUGCCGAGCUGCUCGCAAUACCGGUUCAUGAAAAUGCACCCAUCUACAACAAUUUCCCCACAACAUCAUAUCUUCACCAGGGGCACCAAUGGAACGGGGGAGGACAGCUACCCGCCCUGUCAGAGGCCGAUGUCGUUUUGGUCGUGGACUCUGACGUCCCCUGGAUCGGCGCACAGUCGAAACCCAGCCCUGACGCACUCGUCUACCAUCUCGACAGCGAUCCUCUCAAGGAAAGCACAACACUCUGGUCUAUGCCUUGCGAGAAGAGAUGGAAGGUUGAUUCAAGUCUCGCAUUGAGUCAAUUGGCCACGACUGUCCGUGCUCAUGCGGAUUUCUCCUCGGGCAGCACAGAGACCAGAAUCCGAGCCCGCGAACGAUUUUUGAAGGAACGCUUCAGUGCAAGACAAACUCGUCUGAUCAAGGCAGAAGAGGCACCUGCAGAUGGAAAUGUGACUGUGCCUCAUUUCAUGUCACGCUUGCGCCAAGCUUGCGAGGGGCUCCGCGUCGUGGGAUUGAAUGAGUCAACAACGAAUCUGGGCAACGUAGCCGAUCACCUGAAGCAUAACCAGGCCCUAUCCCUGAUUGGCAGUGGCGGAGGCGCCCUUGGCUGGUACUCCGGCGCAGCCGUCGGGGCCUCACUUGCGCUGCAAGCUCACGGCCGCGCUGAUGAUCUCGUGGUCGCCUUCACCGGCGAUGGAACCUGGCUUUUCGGCAUACCUAGCUGCGCCUACUGGAUGGCAAAGAAAUACCAGACACCGUUCCUCACAAUCAUCUGGAACAACGGAGGAUGGGCAUCGCCGAAGAACGCGUGCAUGCGAAUCCAUCCCGAGGUCGCUCAGAUGCAGACCUCGCGAUCGGACGGCAGCAUGCUCAGCGAUGAUCUCAUGGUGUCUAUCACGCCGUCUCCUUCCUUUGGCAAGAUUGCGGAAGGGGCAGGUGAUGCGUGGUGGACCCAGGUGCGGCGUGUAGAUGAAGUUGACGAAGCUUGUAAAACGGCUCUGGCUAUGGUGAGAGAGCAAAAGAGGAGUGCCGUCAUUGAGGUUGUCAUCAACCGGAUAUAG